AUGCUUCACCGGUAUGCGCUCACCGGGCUAGGCCCUGCAGUUUGUUCUUUUCAAUCUUUUUUUCAGUCUUCUUUAGGGCUACUAGUACGGAUAUGGGACCCGGAUAGUGGAGUGAGUGUCUUGAUGCCGGCUGCGGCGGGCGCAGCAGGAUUGCCUUUCUGGCACCCUUUUGAAGGCGGUCUCCUUUCUUUCUUGUUUGUCAAUGUCUCUGUCUUAAGCCUUGGCUCGGGGAUGGCGAUGUGCUACUGCAUGAAACAGAACCGGUCAGUGAAAAAUGAUGUUGGAUGGUCCCCGGAGGCUUGGAAGAGACGUCGACGCCGACGGGCUGGAUGGAGACAGACCGACAGCUCAAGUGAGCCUUCUUGCCAGCAGGCUCUCGUGAUACGGUUCACCGCCACAAGAUCAAGGGCGGGUAUAUGA